GGCGGGGACCGAGACGGAUAUGGCGACAUCCAGCCCCUGUGUUGUGAUCAGUGAUGAGGAGCAGGGGUAUGACCUGGACCUUUUCUGCAUACCAAAGCACUACGCCGGGGACCUGGAGAGGGUCUACAUCCCACAUGGACUCAUCUUGGACAGGACAGAGAGGCUUGCCAAAGAGAUCAUGAAGGAAAUGGGGGGGCACCACAUCGUGGCCCUCUGUGUGCUCAAAGGGGGUUACAAGUUCUUUGCAGACCUGCUGGACUACAUCAAGGCCCUGAACAGGAACAGUGAUCGCUCCAUCCCAAUGACAGUGGACUUCAUUCGCCUCAAAAGCUAUUAUAACGACCAGUCGACAGGUGAAAUCAAAGUAAUCGGUGGGGAUGACCUGUCUACACUGACGGGCAAGAAUGUCCUGAUUGUGGAGGAUAUCAUCGACACUGGGAAGACAAUGCAGACAUUAUUGCAACUUCUCCAACAGUACAACCCCAAAAUGGUUAAAGUAGCAAGUUUGUUGGUGAAGAGAACGCCAAGAAGUGUUGGCUAUCGACCAGACUUUGUAGGAUUCGAGGUGCCUGACAAAUUUGUGGUGGGAUACGCACUAGACUACAACGAGUACUUUAGAGAUCUGAAUCAUAUCUGCGUCAUUAGUGAAACGGGGAAGGAGAAGUACAAGGCAUGAAGAGCACAUCAAAACCCUUUGAUGUAUGGUUAUACCCUCCCCUUUUGCUGUCCUUUUGAAUUUUAUAUUUUAAUACUUCAUAUUUGUGUCAUAAAAAUACUCAGCCUGCUCAGGGUCCCUGACACUGUUGGAGUGAUAAUCUUGACCGUUGCAUUGCCUGUUUUAUCCACGACACACACAACUUUUGAGAAAAUUGAUUGCCUUAGCUAGUAACACGUCUGGGUUAAACAGCAUGGAGCCCGGCUGCACCCAGAAUCUGUAUUAGUAUAAUGCUUCUUUGCCCCCCCCCACAACUCAUUAAUUAUUUUUUUUAUGCAGUGGAUUAAUUGAUUCAGAGCAAUGCUGCUAGCUUUAAGUACAAUAUCACUGUUGUGCCAAAUUAAGAUUUACAACAUUUGGCACCCUCCAAUGAAAUGAAAUAAUUAUUUUAUUGUAAUUCUGUAAUUGUAAUCUACUUUUACCUUAAGGAUGACAUUGCAUUUUCUUAAUAUCUAAAGGAUAUGUACAUUUUGGGACAAGACACAUGUUUGUUUCUGAGGUGUGUGUGAGAAGAUGUUUUUCACAUAGAGUGUGUAGAAAAGUAACACAAACGCUGACUUCUGUCCCUAAUUGAACACAUAGAUUUACUGAAGAUAAAAAUAUCCUCUUAUUUAUGUGUUCAUGAAAUCUUUGUCUUUUGUUACACAAAGAAAUCGGAUGCAUGUAUGCCUUGUUCUUAUGUCCACUUAUGCUGGAAAAUAUGUAUAGUUUACAGGUAAAUGUUCAAUUGAUACAUAUGCUGACGGUACAAGUGAUUCAAUCCUGAUUGAACUACAUGAUUUCUUUUGGUUUUUCAAUUUCAAUCUUGUAUAUAAAAUUGCCCUGGUGCAUUGUAAACCAGUGCCAACUAAACUUUGCAAUACCAGCAAUUAAAUGUUCACACCCC